AUUAAUUGAACUUGAACCAUUUCUAAACUAAAAUAAUUGACAUUUCGUUGUAAAAUAUACAAAGGUUAAUCGAAAAUUUCGAAAGUACUCAGGACUUUUCGCACUGCCAUCUAUUCAACUGAGGUAAAAACCUCCUUUCACAACAACAUCAAAACGUAAAAUAUUACAUUUAAGGUUAGAUUAUUAAAUGUCAAUAUAAAGAUUUCAUUAUAAUUUAAAAUGGACAUAACAUUCUUAAUAGCGAUUGCAGCUGUUUUAGCAGUAAUCAUUCUUAUAAUCGGGUUGUACUUAAAAUCCAAACAACCCAAAGUUCGCGAAAACAGGGCCAGGCCCGUACCGAAUAGGGCAAGGGAGGGUGGUCCCAGAAGAGCCCAACUUGCCAGAAACAGGGGAGCUAGAUUGAGAGCAAAUGCUGUCCACCAAGAAGAUGCAGAGUCUGAAGGUGACGAGGUUCCCGCUCAUGAAGAUGUGGAAUUACCUGAUGGUAAACUUGGCGCAAAAAAACGUGCCAAAUUGGAGGCCAAGGCUGAAAAGAAAGCUGCAAGAGAAGCUGAAGAACAGUUGAGAGCGCAAAAGAAAAAAGAAGCAGCUCUAGCUGAAGAGGAGAGGAAGAAACAGGAAGAGAGAGAAAAGGCGGAAGAGAAGAGGCGUGAAGAAGAGGAAAAGAGGGCAAAGGAGGAGAAGGAAAGACGCGAGUAUGAGGAAUAUUUGAAAAUGAAAGAAGCAUUUUCAGUGGAGGAGGAAGGAUUUGAAGAGGGUGAGGAAGGAGACCAGCAAAAUUUGUUGCAAGAGUUUGUUAACUAUAUUAAAACAAACAAGGUUGUUGUGCUUGAAGAUCUGGCAGCCCAGUUCAAGCUCAAGACACAAGCUGCUAUUGAUAGAAUUAAGGACUUACAAAGUGAUAACAUUUUAACAGGUGUUAUUGAUGAUAGGGGCAAAUUUAUUUAUGUGUCUCAACAAGAAAUGGAAGCUGUGGCAAAGUUUAUUAAACAAAGGGGAAGGGUAUCCAUUGCUGAAUUAGCUGAGAAUAGCAAUAAACUCAUAAACUUAACUCCUAGUACAACUGUUGUAAAGUAAUUAUCAUUUAAAUAUAUGUUGUUAUUUUAUAAA